AUGGCCAUCUCCAUCGCAGACAGUUCCUAUAGCCCCACGAGGCACCUGGGUUUUCUGCUUGACCCAGAAAAGGUCAACCCUCGCCCCAAACAGAGCAUGUGGCAUCGACUCGGUCUUCGAAGACUGCUUGGCCGUGAUGAUCGCGACUUAUCCUCCCGGUCACCUUCUGGUGACUCCUCGCCUCCCGCAAACCCUUCUUCCACAGCAAACAACAACGGCAAUGCCCACCAUUCCUCCAAACCCCACGAUAACCUGACCCGCAGACUUUCUCGCAGGGUAGGUGUCGGUCUGCCCCGUUCAACAACAUUCAAGAGACAGGAUUCGGAACGACGAGAUCGUCUAGCCCCCGUCGAACCAGAGCCCCGUCGUGCCGUUUCCGCCGACCGUCGUCGCCCGUUGAGCGCCCAGCGGACCAGGUCCCCACAGCCCACCGUGGACCCCAGAUUGUCCGCGCCCGAGGUUCCAUGGCACGACCACGCGGAAGAACCCACGGUGGAGGAAGUUGAACCACCCGCGACGACGAAUGAUGACAGUGAGGUUAUGUCCGAUUGGAAUCCGUGUCCCGAGGUCGCGGAUGUGCCCGAACAGCCGCCGGAGGAUCUGAUUGAGAUGGAGUUGGAAAAGCGAUGGAUACUGAAUCUGAGUAUGCAUUUUCGUGACCGGUCCGAGCGCGAGAAAUUUUUCGUCACCUAUGCAGAGGCCCCCAACCGAUGGCGCAGAGUCACCAUUUCUUGCGAUUAUCGGGGGGCUCCUCCCGAUUCGCUUGAGCAGGAUCUGAAGGAAUUACGCUACCAGCGAGACAAGUGCGCUCGAAUAUACGAGUCUAUCCGAGAGUCGCUUCCAGAGAUUCAGUUUUACGACACAGUCACAAACCUGAAAUUGGAGACGCGUGAUGGCCGGCUCCAUGUGCACGUCACCGAAGACGUAAACGAAAUCAUCCCCUACCCUCCGACCUCCUGCAUCGGCCAUUUGCCGGAGGCUCGCCUUGUCCCUGAAUAUCAGCUGCAUUUCGAGGCGCAUCUGUCGGGCUUCGUGUACAAUGUCCGACUGGAUGGCAAGAACUAUAUCAAAAAGGAAAUUCCCGGUCCCGACACGGUCGACGAGUUUCUCUACGAGAUCAACGCUCUACAUGCCCUCAACGGUUCACCAAACGUCAUUCAAGUGGAAGGGAUUGUUGUCAACGACCGGCGAGAUGUCGUCAAGGGUCUACUUAUCAGUUACGCCGAGCAGGGGGCAUUGGUUGACAUUUUGUAUGAGCAGCGGGGCACAAUCUCCUGGGAGCGGCGAGCGCGGUGGGCGAGGCAAAUCGUCCAGGGCCUGGGUGAGAUUCACGAGUCGGGAUACGUGCAAGGAGACUUCACAUUGUCGAACAUCGUGGUGGACGCCGAUGACAACGCCAAAAUCAUCGAUAUCAACAGACGAGGCUGUCCUGUGGGAUGGGAGCCCCCUGAGAUUGCCGCCAAGAUCGAGAGCAACCAGCGAAUAUCCAUGUACAUCGGGGUCAAAACCGAUCUUUAUCAGCUAGGAAUGACGCUGUGGGCGCUGGCCACCGAGGAAGACGAACCUGAACGGCAGCCUCGGCCCCUCUUGCUGGGCGAGGAGGUGAACGUGCCUGAUUGGUAUCGCAGGAUUGUAUCAAUCUGCUUGAGUCCUUCUCCUCGACACAGGCUCUCGGCAAAGGAGCUCCUGGUCUUCUUCCCGCAGGAGCUUUCAACAACACCGCAAUUCCACUCGACGCAUCUUCCACAUGGAGGCCUCGGGGUUGGACUGUACAACAGCCCGUUACCUUUAUAUAAUGCUCGUGCCAUUACUACAGCGGCACCUUUUGCCGGUCCAAACAACCGGCCAUUUUAUCAACCUGGUCAUUUCCAUGAAAGAGCAGUUUCUCUGGACGAGUCAGGGUCUCGGCUAUAUGCCAAUAGCGUAGAGUCCUUUCCAGCAUACGCUGCUGGGGAAGACUGUUACAGUCUGUCACUGGACGACGAAAAAAUGCCGACCACAAAUGAACACUCAAACUCCACGCACGAGUACGCAGCCGACAAUCGCCCCUGUGAGGUGACUUUUGAUUCUCGAAAUCCCCAGACGAAUGGCCAACGCCCUCACUCCUCUACCGAUAGAGGCGUACCCGAAAACAAUCUUCGCAACCACAUCCCCGACCGUGGUGGAGCAAAUGAGAGAGGACGACACACUAGCGGGGGAGACUCUAUCCAUCAAGCAUAUCCUGUCGAUCAAUCAGCGAACUCGUUACAUUUCCAGAUUGACCAUAUCCCGGCGGAGCUGGCGGGUGUCGGUCGAAAUCCAGCCUGCUCUUCAGGCAGCACGAGAGAACCAUCUUCAAGAUCGGUGAAAUACCAUACGUCCUCUGCUUCAUCAGCAACAACUCAAUCUACUCAUCCACAUUUCUCCUCGACGGUGGACCUUGAGUGUCCCUAUAUCCCGAAGGGUAACUGGUCCACCGAAGCGUCAACACACGCCGUAUCAUCCCUUCUACAUUCAGUCUUACCAAUCAACCCCGCAUCGAGUGUAAAGAAGCAAAAGUCUGCGGAUCUGAAUACAGACCGAAUAUCACAGUCGGCCAUUCGCUCCGCUUUCAACUAUCCAAAGCAUGGUCUCUUGGAGCAAACACCCUAUUUGAGCGAAUCUCAUCUGCCCAUCAACCCAGCAAUCCCCAACAAUUCCUCGGCAUCAAUAUGA